UUUUUUCAGUUGUGAAGUGCAGCCGAAGGUGGGUGGAGGUGAUUGUUGCAGAGCAGCAGUAUUACAUCCAGGUCCGUGUUCGUCGUUGCUUAUUUGUCUGUUUUAAAUCCACGGUUUGUAUUAACGAAUAUGUGAAGUGGUAGAAAGUGGUGCCGACGGUCGUGCAGAUUGUAUGGCGGUGUAAAGAGUGAGUUUUACGUGUUUGGUCGACAUGCUGUACAUUUUACCGCCUCCAAGUGCGCCAAGUCCUCCGUCCCCAUGGACCACAAUCCUUUGUGGAAGUGGUGGUGGCAAUGAAGGUCCAUCCAGUGGGGGCAGUGUUAGGGAUGGCACUGUCAAAACGACGGCUGGUGGGGUAGUAGCUUCCGUGGUGCAAGGGAAUUCGUGGGUCUCCGUCACUGCAACAAAUAGAAGACCUCCAUCAGCCCGCGGUCAUGCCCCAAGGAGUCUGAAGAAUAGGGAUUCUGGAGCUGGGGUGUGUGUUGAGGACGAGGACCCCAACAGAAAUUCAAGAAGUCUCAGUGAGUGCUACUUCGCGGGGAAGGGUGCCGCACUGGUACUGCCGCCCAACGAGCGACUUCGCCCUUGUGCCAGCAACAGUACUAACAGUAACAGUGGCAACAAUAGUAACGUAAGCAGUAACGGUGGCCACCACGGUCGGCGUGUGAGCGCGAGUGGCUCCGACAUCCAGCAGCACCUCCAGUCCAUGUUCUACCUCCUGCGACCUGAGGAAACGCUCAAAAUGGCAGUGAAGCUGGAGACUGUGCACUCUGGUCGGACCCGGUACUUGGUUGUCGUGUCUUGUAUGGGUCGUCAGGACGCUGAGGAGAGUUGUCUUCUUGGUAUCGACUGCAACGAGAAAACCACGGUGGGAUUAGUCCUGAGGGUCCUGGCAGACACUGCUAUCACGCUCGACGGUGAUGGUGGCUUCAGCGUGAGCGUCUGUGGGCGACAGCAUAUAUUCAAACCGGUGUCAGUUCAGGCCAUGUGGUCAGCUCUGCAAACCCUGCAUAAGGUGAGCUCCAAGGCUCGGGAGCAGAACUACUUCCUGGGAGGGCUUACACACGACUGGGUCAGUUACUAUGAGCAGCGUAUUGAGUCUGACCGUUCCUGCCUCAAUGAAUGGCACGCCAUGGACAGCCUGGAGUCACGGAGACCACCAUCGCCGGACUCCGUGCGGACCAAGCCUCGUGAGCGGGAAGAAACAGAACGUGUUAUCCGCUGCACUUUAAAGGAAAUCAUGAUGUCAGUGGACUUGGAUGAAGUAACCUCCAAAUAUAUUCGGGGUCGCUUAGAGGAAGACCUUGACAUGGACCUAGGGGAAUUCAAACCAUUCAUUGACCAAGAGAUGCUUACUAUACUGGGGCAGAUGGAUGCAGCUACAGAGAUCUUUGAUCAUGUCUACCUUGGAUCUGAGUGGAAUGCUUCCAAUUUUGAGGAACUUCAGAAAAAUGGUGUCCAUCAUAUUUUGAAUGUAACACGAGAAAUAGACAACUUCUUCCCAGGGAUGUUCAAUUAUUUAAAUGUUCGCGUUUAUGAUGAUGAGAAGACGGACCUCUUGAAACACUGGGACAACACAUUUAAAUACAUCACAAGAGCAAGAAAAGAAGGCUCCAAAGUGCUGGUUCACUGUAAGAUGGGUGUAAGCAGGUCUGCAUCUGUUGUGAUAGCGUAUGCCAUGAAAGCCUAUAACUGGGACUUCAAGGAAGCUUUUGAAUAUGUGAAGCAGAAGAGAAGUUGCAUCAAACCAAAUUCAAGCUUUAUAUCUCAGCUGGAAACAUACCAGGGAAUCUUGGACGCAAUGAAGAAUCGCGAAAAAUUGCAACGCUCCAAGUCAGAGACAAAUCUCAAGUCCCCUGGGCUUGUAGCCAAGGCAGAGCAAGGAGCUGCAUGUAGUGGACCCAUGGGAACAACAAGGCAGGAACCUGUUUCAGGCCCUGAGUUUCUGCCUGAGGCACUUGGUACAGCCACAUCUGGAGAAGAGUUGAGGAGGACCGGAGGGCGGCCUAAAUCAUGGUCACCUGAUAACAGUUCUACUGCUUUACUCUUUUUGGGAAAUGUAACAGGUCCCACAUCUGUGUCCUUGGAGCAUUUGAACCUUGAGGGAACAUCACCAGUGAAACAGGACACAUCUCCAAGGAUUGCAUGCUCCCGACUAGAAAUCAAGCCACAAGAACGCAGCCCACAGGAUGGUAUUUCUCCAGCAUUGCCUGCCACAGAAACUACCGAUGCAGCUCGUAAUUACAACCUCAAUGUGCGCAUGCCUUGUGGAAAUGGGCAGGCAUACAGUGUGUCACAGAACAAAGUGGUGUACCUGCCUGCCUCUUGCUCCCAGGGGAAACAGUGCAUGUCUGAAGUUGAAAGUUCCUUCACAGCAGCAGAAGUUGUAGUUCCAUCGGUAAAGCAUCGAGUCAAUGAACUGGAAUUACAGAACAGUCAUACUAAUGAUGCAGCAAACAAGAAGGUUUUCUUGGACAGGAAAGGACUGGUACUUAAUCUUAUGACACAGUUUGAAUCCAGUGGUUCAAAACCCAGCUCUCCAGAUGCUGCAGAAGGAGAAGAAGAGGAGAGACAGUUCAGUAAGACAAGCGAAGAAGAUGAACAAACAGCACAGUUUCAGAUGAAGUUAGCUCCUCAGAUGCUUACUGCAGUCCUAGUCAAGAAGGAGAUCUGGGAUCCAGGGCAGAAAGAAUCUCCGACAGUUUAUGCUGUGGAACAUAUUGCUCCAGUCACUUCUUCCCCACCCAAUUCUCCUGUUUCCCACCCCACGGUGCCAACUAAUAGUGACUGCCUAGUCUGGACCUCUUCUACUGAAAUGGUAGAAAAACGUGUGCAUGAACCUUUAAGCAGCAAAGCUGAGGAUGUGAUAUUUGUUUCUGAAUUGAAGUUAGGGGACACUGAGACUGUAGACAGACUGUCAGCACAAAGUAAAGAAGUGGCAGGAAGCAAAACGUUACCAAGAAGGGAAGGGGACCCGUUCUCUGCUCAGCUGGACCGUGUGUUCGAACGAGAAGAACGCAAGCAACAGAGAACAGUGAUACCUGUAACUGUACCUAUUCCAAGUGCAACACCACCACCACCACUACUGCCUCUAUGUGUUACAGAAGUGUCAAGUGAGGCUCCUGGCAGGGAAUGUCCAUCACGUCAAAGUUCAUGGAGUUCAUAUGAUAGUGCGGUUGUGCUCGGUUUUCAAGGGGAAGCGCGUGAUGCGCCAUCCCGCCAGAGUUCGUGGGGAUCAGGGGACACAAGAUGGACAUAUGGUGGGGGAGGUACAUUACCAUCACGUAACAGUUCUUGGGGGUCAUACGACAUGCGACCACCUAUGCAGUAUGUCAACGAACGUGGUGAGAAACAACAGCCACCAAUUCAGACACAUUUGGAUGACUUGUUUGGUAGCAGCAGCAGUGGGAUGUUUCCCUAUGAUCGUGAUGAGAUACCGUGGUAUCCUGGCACUGUGAAAAGAACGAAACAAAAGCUGGAGGAAGGAACUAGCACUGUCAAGCGCAUGUGUUCUGAUGCGCAGCAACGAAGUGAAUCUCCCUCAUCUCCAGUGAUUGACAGUCAAGACUCGCCAUCGCCUUGUCCCGUCAGGGCUGGAGAUUCUAUUCCAGGUGUGAAUGUCAAACUCCAUGGACCCCGUCCUUACCGGAGCCCAUCCUCGGACAGAUUACUCCCUAGUACAGGCUUCUCUUUUCCUUCAUCUGAUCCUCAUUCCUCCGACCUUCAUUCUGGGAAUAUAGGAAUCCCAUUCGAGGCCCAGAGCCCAGUUAUGAUUCACUAUGCCAGCUCUCCUACACUCUGCUCGCACCACAGAAUGGGUAGUGAGAGUGAUGACUCGAUGAGCACCUCGCCUGCGUCUGCAGAAAAGAUGGCCAUCUCACAACCUAACAUCACCUUCAUUGAUUCUGCAUCUGCUGAUAACAGAUUAGCAGAAGAAACAGUAUCACAACAGUCUAGUGCCAUAUCACGACAAACAGACUUUGCGAGGGAAUACUGCUCUACAGUGGUUGUACCUGAUUCUCUUCCUCAAACAUUAUGCUCUCUGUCUGCUAGUGCGCCCACUACAUCAUCUGUUAGUUUAGUGGAAGGUGUUGAGACCCAGACUCCUCCUUCACAUUCCCUUCCUUCUGUUUCGUCUGUCUGCUUAAUUCCACAUGAUCUGUCUGCAGCUGUCUCGUGUGAAACAGUGAGUGAAACUAGUCCUUGUAUUAUCAACACCACUCAGUGUGCAUCAGUUAAACAUCAGAAGAGGGUGUUGGAGAACUUAACUAAUGUGGCUAGAAGGAGCAUAUCGGUUGACAGUUCUGCAGAUGUUACCAAAGACACUAAUGUAUUGUCAAGAUCUCCAGAGGUUUUGGAUAGCCAGAAAAGUGUUUCAGGUCUUGUCAAGAACCUAAAGAAAGAAUUUGAAGCAAAAUCUGUAAAUAAGACAGAGAAAUGUGGCAUUACAACCACUGAAUUAUCUGCUGGUGAGAGUGAACAGAAGAGACCUUCAGACGGUGUAAAGGCACGUAGUCUUCCAUCAUCACCCAUCAGCAGUCAUCCAGAAUGCAAGUCUCCUGGCCCUGCAUCUACUGUUGAGGACUUGUCAGUGAAGGUGUUGGUGGGAAAAUAUGAAGUGAGUAAGAACACUGUAGGGCAGUCUGACUCGCCUCCUCUUGGAUGCCGACAGAGGUUGUCAGAAAGUGAGACUGUUCCGAGAAGAACGUUGUCAUCACAGCAGCAGCCUCCUGUUCCAUUACGAAAGUCCAGUCUUGAAAUUCAGUAUAUUCAGAACAAUGCAAAUAAGCAUUCAUCCUUAUUGGUUCGUAACCUGCGCAAUGGUAAUGAAGGAUCCAGUGCACGUCCCCCUGUAGUACCACAUGUGCGUAGCUGUGUGGGGCCAUCACCUAGUGUGGUGGUUGCUAGUGUCGUGGCUAAGGCUGCUAGUAAAAAGCAGCAGCAGGGCAAGACUCACCCUCUAGCCCGUCUCACAAUAAAUAAGCCCCGCCACACCAAUACUGUGUACAAUACAAUGUGAUGGCAGGAAGCAUGACAAACAUGUUUUUAUUUCUAGUAAUUUAUGAAUGAAUCUGGUACUCUCUCAACCAGGUGUAAUCCACCAACAUGUGCUUGAUGAUGUGUGUGUGUGUAAGUGAGACAUGUGCAUGCAUGUGUGAAUGGAUUUUAUUACCAUCAGUUGUGGUAAUCAUGUUUCUCAUCUUAUGGAAUUCGUGUCCUUUCCCGUGGUCAUGUUCACUGUCUUGUAUCUCUUAUCAGCAAGCGACACACUUAUCAAACAUAGGAAGAUGUGCUGAUGAUCAUCACAUGGCAGUCCCACAUUAUUGCACUCUGUGAAUAAUUGUAUUAUACUGCCAUAAAGUACAGCUCAUGUGGACAACCAGAAUUGCAGGUAAUAUUAGUCCAAAGAUCAGUUGUGUUAGACAAAGUAAAAAUUAGUAACAGCUUUCUUUGGCUUCAAAAUAGAAAACCAAAAAUCAUUUAUUGGUAAGAAGUGAUAUAAAAUGCAGUUUUCUUGAGAAAGAUCCACAUAAAUUGACACAGUUUAAAGGCUGAUUCAUGAAAGUUAUUUUACUUUUUAAGAAAUUCUCUUGACAGUGGAUUUUUUUCUGAGCAAGUGUGCAAGUGACUGUAUUUACUGCAAAAGUAAUUUCUCUUACAGUUUACAUACUGUCAGUUCAGUCAUAUUUGUUCCAGAAAGUGAGACAGAUGGUUCCCAUAAUUUUUUUAAUUAUUUCUUGUCCUUUUUUGUUGACAGAUUUUUGUAUAAUUUCAUGGAUAUCACAUAAAGAGCAUUGUAUUUUAAAUUAAAAAGGACUAGAAUAUUCGCAUCUAAAUUUCAUAUUAUGUACAGUGAAGUCAUCAGCUAAAGUUCCUUAGUUUAGUAUCCAAAUUCAUUGCUGCAGAAAGAAGGCUUGAAUGGGGAGGUUCACUGUACUUGAUGUGAAGUUAUUCAAAGUAUAUUGUAAAUUGACUUGCUCUCUCAUAUAUGACUUAACAUUAGACAGCACAAUAAUUCAUAACUUGAAUUUUGGGAAAGGACCAGUAACAUCACAUUUCCAUAUCUGUUCUUACAUAGAGACUUUAUUUUGUAUCGAACAUAUUAGGAUUCAAAUUUUUUCUUCUUGUAAUUGUUUUAAAAACCUCACUCCCAUGUGCCUGCAACCUACCUUAGAUUUUCCCUUGUUAAGGUGAGCCAAUAGACAUAAGAGAGCGUGGAAUGGAGGCUGAAGAACUGCAGUGGCUGUCAAGAAAUCUAGUCCUUAAUGUGUGUGUGUGUGUGUAUGCAUGAACCUACAGCUCGCAAGGUUUGGUGCAACAUUCCAAGGCCUGAAGACAAGCGAGACUAACUGAUGUUGCAGGCUGGAGCUUUGGCUGAUAAACAAAGUUCAAGCCUUGCCCAGACAAAUUGAAGGAAUGGGAAGACUUCAGUGUGUGUCUUAAUUGAUUCUGACCUUCACUAGAUGUACCCAUUAGUGUUCUUUGCUUUGUGUACGUGUACAUGUAUGUGAUCUGUGCAUUGUAAAAUUUUUGUACUAUAGUUUGUAUGAAAUAAGUACAGAUAUUGUUUAUUGCUUGA